AUGAUCAGAAUUAAAAUACAGAACAUAAGAACGGAGUUUAAAAGUUGUGGAAACUGUGCUGAACCGAUCACCGAUCGAUACAUCUUUGAGGUGAACGGCAGUGCCUGGCACGGGUCCUGUUUGCGUUGCAGCAUUUGCUUUUGUCCAUUGGAGCGUCAGGUCUCGUGCUAUCUACGGGACGGUGACAUGUACUGUAAAGCGGAUUACAUCAAGAAGUUUAAGACGAGCUGUGCCAAGUGUUCGCGCUCCAUAUCGGCCACCGAUUGGGUACGACGGGCCCGGGAGUAUGUGUUUCAUUUGGCGUGCUUUGCGUGUGAUUCCUGUGGUCGGCAACUGUCAACUGGCGAACAGUUCGCCAUCUGUGAGGAACGAGUCCUGUGCAAGACGCACUACAUGGAGCUGAUCGAUGACGGUACGGCGUCGAGUGAGGAUGGGUGCGAUGCGGAUGGGAAUGGCAAAAACAAAACCAAGCGCAUCCGUACCACGUUCACGGAGGAGCAGAUACAGAUCCUGCAGGCAAACUUCCAGGUGGACAGCAAUCCGGAUGGACAGGAUCUGGAAAGAAUCGCCCUCGCUACCGGGUUGAGCAAGCGAGUUACACAAGUUUGGUUCCAGAACUCACGCGCCCGUCAGAAGAAGCAUGUACAUGUGCCACGAGCUCAGGAUCUGUUCAGUGGCAUGCGAUCGGAUCUUAACAACAACAACAGCUGUAGCAGCAGCAACAGCAAUGAUGGCCCUCCGGCACACCAUCUCGGUGCGAUUGGACCGGAAGAUUGUGUCCUGGGGAAGACACCUAUCUUCAACUCGCACGGUUUCAUCAACCUCGUGGUGUGA